UCCAACGUGAAAGAGCAUCCAUCAUAUAUGGCGUUUGAGCUUAUCCAAUAAAGCAUACCUGGCGUGCCGAGCUCUAGCUGGCCCGGCCAUGUCGUCCUCGAAGCGGUGGACGUCCGCCUCCGGCACGGAGCUGGCGGGCCGGUCGUUGCCCCUCCCCGCCUCCGCACUCUCGCCAGUCCGCCAGAGCGCCGGCCGGCGCUCAGUCUCCCGAUCGGAACCCACCACGACAACAUCCCCCUCCCCCGUCGCCGUCUCGAUCGCUCGCGCGCUCUGGCCUUCCUCCUCCACCGGCAACAAGAGCGGCAAGAGCAAGGCCCCGCCUGCGCCGUCUCCCUUGUCCCCCGCGCCGCCGCCGCCGUCGUCGUCCGUGGCCACACUCGCAGACCACCUCGUCAGAGAUGACGCGCCACGGGCUCUCUCCCGGCAGCGCAGCUGCACCGAGCUCCCGCGCUUCGCCGACGCGGACGCCGAGGCCCGGAAGAUCGGGAAGACGUCAGGGAAGGGCGGCGCCGUCAGCCACGCGUUCGGCCGCUCCAUGCGCUUCCUCCCGUCCACGAGGCCCGCGGGCGUGACGCUCACGCCGGGCCGCGUGGCGCCGUCGGACCUCCGCAGGCUCGCGUCCCUGGACGCCGCCGCCGACGUCGCCAGCUCCGGCUCGGAGUGCAGCGACGCGUCCAGGGGCUCCGCCACCGCCACGCCGAGGAAGGUCUCCACCAAGCCGCACUCUCCGCUGCUCCCGCGCACGGGCUCCGUGCGCCUGCUCGGGUCCAGCAACACGCAGUGGGCGCUCUCGCCCGGGCGGCGCAGCGGCUCGCCGGUCAAGGCGACGACGACGACGACGACGCUGCCCACGGUGCCGGAGAGCAAAGGCAAGAAGAGCCUGAUCAGCCUCGGGUGGGGCCACAUCUUCCACCGGCGGAAGCACGCGGCCGAGGACGCGUCCAUCGCCGCUGUCACGGCCACCUUGCUGUCCUCGCCGGUGGUGCCGUCGCGCAGCAGCGCAGGCGGCGGGGAGGCCGGCCACCACAUGAGGAUGGCGCAUUGCCGGCUCCUGCAGUGGCGCUUCGCCAACGCUAAGGCGGACGCCGUCCGCAAGAGGAAGAUGGCCAGCGCCGAGCUGGACUUGAUGGGUACAUGGGCAAGGGUGUCGGAGAUGAGAGGGAAGGUGGCCAGGAAGCGAGUGCAGCUUGAGAAAGAGAAGCAGAAGAUUAAACUAAACAGCGUGCUCUCUUUUCAGAUGAAAGAUUUGGAGAGGUGGGGGCAGCUGCAAAACGGACAUGACUCUGCCCUGGCCUCAACAGUGAGCUGCACACGGGCAGCCGUCUGCAGGCUUCCUCUCACCAAUGGUGCCAAGGUAUCCCUAGCGGCGCCAUUGGCGACCAUUCUGCACCAAGCUCUCGAGCUCACGUCGAAAGCCAAGGCAAUGACGAGAUCAUUCAGUCCAAUGGCUCAGGAAACAGCGUUACUGAUCUCGAAGCUGGUGCGUGUGGCGAGAGAAGAGCAAGUUCUGUUGCAGGAGUGUGUUGAGCUGCUUAGCCAGGUCUCUGCUCUGCAGGUGGAGGAACAGAGCUUGCGCAGCCAUCUAGUGCAGUCUGCGUCGAUUAGUGCUGUGAUCGUGAAAUAGUGGAGGCAAGCGCUUGUACACAGGCAUUUUGGUUGUAGUACCAGCUCCAGACGAGCUCUAGACUUUUCCAGUAAAACUAGCUAGAAUAGAAUCAAAGCCUAUGUUUAGGUAGAAGGGUAAGAUCAAAUCAGAAACAAAAAGAGGUGUCAUGUGAGCACGUUACCGCUGAAUGACCUUCAACUCUUAAAAUCUUCCUAAAUUUACUACAAGAGUUAUGGUAAGACAGAGUAGACAAUCUUGACCAAUAUGAUAAUAUCUAUAGGUAAAAAAAAAAGAUACUCAGGUCUUCAGAGAUCACAUCGUUUGAUAUGGAAAUCUGAUUUGAGAUUGAUUGGGAUUAUCAUUCUCCACAUAAAAAUAUCUUUUAAACAAGAUCGAUGGUGCAUAUGAUUGGACUCUGUUUCGAUUGAAUGUAUAUUUCAAUUUUACUGCAGCAAGCAUGUUCAGUGUUACAAUCAGAAAUACUCCCUCCGUCCAUAAAUAAAAUGCAUGUCUCGUUU